GAUCACUCCACCUCAUCUAAGAGCUGAAUACUCAUGUCAGGGCCUUUGCCGUCUACCCCAUUGCUUCCUCGCGCCACGGGGGCAUUUCCUGGACCCGCCUUGCUGUGGAGGACGGGAGCUUUAUUAGCUGCUGCUGGCAUCGUCGCUGGUGCUUUCGGCUCGCAUGGCCUGCGUAAAAGGCCGGGGAUCACCCCUGACAAAGUCCAUGCCUGGGAGACUGCAUCUCAUUAUGCGGUGUUUAAUGGGCUAGCUUUGCUGCUCGUGUCCCUUCACCCGAGGUUCGCUGUGCACAGAUUCGCGGGACCUGCCAUCGCUGUCGGGGCGUCUGUGUUCUCUGGCAGCAUUCUGGCGUUGGUGCUUGCUCGGGAUCGGUUCAGGUGGUUGGGCCCCAUUACGCCCAUUGGCGGCUCCAUUUUGAUCGCCGGCUACAUUGCUUUGGCGUUUUGAGGCAGGAAGGGGGCGGGAGAGGUGUGCGUCGUGACAUUAUCAGGAUCCGACGACGGUCGCGAUGGGUAGAACAUGCAAUGUUGAGCGGUUUCGCCCCUCCGCCUGCUCAGCUGGCAUGAUGUUCUGUACGGAGUAUAACACCUAGUAUCAUGUUGAUGGGAAUACAUGCAUGCCGCAGCGAGGUUGUUGAUAG